GGAUGUGGUGUCUUGGAGAACAUCCGACUGGAGAGGUUACAUUGCAGUAUAUGUGAGUGUAAGUCGAUGUCGCGCCAUCAAGAUCAGCCUUCUAGGUCAGCUGGGCGUGAAUGGCGGCAAUACAUGGUUUUGGAUGAGUGAAGGCAGAGAAAAGACCAAGCAGAAGAGUUGUUGUUCACUUGCUAGUUCGUUCAUCCCCACGGCGGCGAACCCUGGUCUAAUCGCCGAAUAAUCGCCGUCAGCCUUACAACAAUCAGACCACUUUCAUCAUCCAUCGCACAGAAAGAAACUUGUGAGCUGUCGCAAAGCCACAACGAGCUUCCCAACACAACAAUUCACAUCGCAAACCGACUAUCCGCUGCUCAUCAUGAACACAAUCAAAUCGGUAUACUACGGCUGGGCAACCUUAAUAGUAGCAGGCGGCGGCGCCUACUUCUUCGCCAAACGCAGCAUCAACGCUGACCGCGCCGCAAAAGCCGAAGCCGACCGCCAAAAGCGCAUCCGCCUUUAUGAACUCGAGCACGGCCUGAAGAACUCGGCCCCUACCACCACACCACUGAACCCCACGGCGAAACCAGGAUCUACACAGUCAGCGCCGCAGAGCGUGACAAGCGAGUUAGGCCGGCUGAGGAGUGAAGGAGGAGGUAAUGGUGGGAUGGGGGGUGAGGGUAAUCCAAGUCUACAGGCUAGCCAAGAUCCAGCGCCCACAAGGCAUGCACCCGAGAGUGAGGGGCAGAGGGUAGGAGAGAAGAGCAAGUACGAGGCGAAUGAAGUGUACCGAAGUCGAAAGGGCGAUCGGUUCUCAUGAGCCGGAGACUGAGAGGAAUGUUAUGAAGGAACGAUUGGUUAGUGGGAAGGGAUUGUGUAUAUAAGCCAUGGCCGUCGGAAGAUUGGAUAAUGGUUCCGCGCUCGCUCAACGGCGUUAUGGCAUGGAAGGUUUCCACUCUUUGUAUUA